AUGUCGGCUCCGGGCGCACCAGGCGGGAAGUAUCCAGGCCUCGGCUCGCCGAUGCCGUCACCAGCGUCGCGUGCAGCGUCGUCGUCAUCCAUUCGCCCGUCGUCCUCUGGACUAGGCGGCCCAAGCGUCAGCCCCAUCGUCACAUCCUACUCGAGCGCAACAGCCAAUGUUAACGGCAAUGGCAACGGGACAACUGCGUCUACUCCAACGUCAGCACGGCGGAUCACGCAACGCAUGACGAACCGUUACAGCGUCAAUGCAAUGUACUCGCUCGCGGCCGAGCAGGAUGUCGAGGUCGAGGACGAGCUUGCCCGCGCACAGAAGCGCUUGCGUGAUCUCAAAUCGCGCAUCAGCUCGCAGAGCAAGAAAAACUUUGUGCUCGAGCGCGACGUGCGCUACCUCGAUUCGCGCAUCGGCCUGCUCAUCCAGAACCGGAUUGCUGCCGACGAGAAGCGGCAAGUGCAGGAGACGCUUGAAGAGGUCGAGGAUACGCCGGGGUCCUUUCCCGAUUCCAGACGGCUCGCGCACUAUUCCAACUUCUUCUUCCUCCUCCAGAGCGAACCGCGACACAUUGCGACGCUGUGCCGACUCGUCUCGCUCAGCGAGAUCGACACGCUGCUGCAAACAGUCAUGUUCACGCUUUAUGGUAACCAGUACGAGCAGCGUGAAGAACAUCUGCUGUUGACAAUGUUCCAGAGCGUGCUAGCGGCGCAGUUCGAGUCGACGACCGAGUUUGGCGAGUUGCUACGAGCCAACACGCCUGUGUCGCGCAUGAUGACGACCUACACUCGGCGAGGACCGGGCCAGAGCUACCUCAAGGAUGUGCUGGCAGAACGGAUCAACUCGCUCAUUGAGCACCGACAUUUAGACCUGGAGAUCAAUCCACUCAAGGUCUACGAGUCGAUGGUGUCGUCGAUCGAGCACGAGAAUGGUGCUGUGCCGCCGUCGUUGCCAAAGGCAAUCAACGCCGAGACAGCCGCUGCCAACGAGGACGUCAUCUCGAUCAUCCAGCCCCGUCUGACUAUGCUCAUCGAGAUUGCCGACUCGUUCCUCCAGAUCAUCCUCAACUCGCUCGACCAGGUGCCAUACGGUAUCCGCUGGAUCUGCAAGCAGAUUCGGUCACUUACGAGGCGCAAGUACCCCGAGGCGACCGACGCAUCGAUAUGUUCGCUCAUCGGUGGCUUCUUCUUCCUCCGCUUUGUCAACCCCGCCAUCCUGAUGCCACAGGCGUACAUGCUUGUCGACGGCGUACCCGCAAAGCACCCACGACGAACGCUCACGCUCAUCGCCAAGAUGCUCCAGAACCUGGCCAACAAGCCAAGCUACGCCAAGGAACAGUACAUGAUGUCGCUCAACCCGUUCGUCGAGAACAACAAGACGCGCAUGAACCAGUUCCUUAACAAUCUCUGCGAGGUCGGCGACUUUUACGAGAGCCUCGAGAUGGACCAGUACAUGGCGUUGUCGAAGCGCGACCUCCAGAUCUCGAUCACGAUCAACGAGCUGUACAACACGCACCAGUUGUUCCUGCAGCACAUUGACGUGCUCUCCCCCAACGACAGGCAACAUCUACGCGUGCUGCUCGACGACCUGGGACCCGCGCCGCAGUCGGUCGGGCGUGCCGAGAACAACUCGCUUGACCUCGCGCUUUACUCGCGAUGGGAGACGCCCAUCCAGGACCUCUCGUCAGCACUCAUCAGCGACUCGGUCAACCAGAACGACAUCAACUUUAUGGAAACCAAGUCGAUUUUUGUGCAGCUCUUACGUUCGAUGCCGAAUGAGUCGACGAAACGACCGAUGGACCUGAUUGCGCUCGCCGAGCGCGCAGCCACGUCCAAGGAUGCGGUACACGUCCGCCGUGGCAUCAAGGUGCAGAACCUGCUCAACGAGCUCGAGCUGGCGGGUGUCAUUGACCGCUCUGACGGCUUCCGCAUCCUGCAGGACGAGGUCGCGAUGGAGAUGGUACACCUCGGCAAUGCCCGCGAGAAGGUCGUCAUGGAGACACGCUCGCUCGAGAGCGUGUACCGUACCAUCUGCGACCACAAUACCUACCUCCGCGGACAGAUCGAGCAGUACAAGGCGUACCUCGUCAACUCGCGCAUGAUGAUGGCACGGGACAAGACGACGCCGGGCGUCGGUGUGCUCUCGGUGAACGGCAAGGAGAAGAAGCCCGCCAAGCUGGCGCUCGGGCCGUACCGCUUCACGCACGCCCAGUUUGAGAAAGAGGGGAUUAUCACGGAGAGUAAUGUGCCCGAGAACCGCCGCGCCAACAUUUACUUCAACAUUGUCUCACCCUCGCCCGGCACCUUCAUCAUCGCACUGCACUUUAAGGGCCGCGAGAAGCCCAUCCUCGAGAUGGACCUCAAGAUCGACGACCUCCUCGAGAAGCAACAGAAGGACGCCGACGCCGCCCUGGACCUCGAAUACGUCCAGCUGCACGUGACCAAAGUCCUCGCGCUGUUCAACAAGCUCUUCACCAAGCGGCGAUGA